UAGCAGGGCCGGGUGCUUCGAAAUACAUGGCGUUCAUUCCAUGAAUAUGUACAGCAUAACGUGUGCUGUAAUCUUAGUUUCAAGAUUCAGCAUUUCCAGCAGUCGGAAUAAAUGUACAGUAAUAAGCAGCGGGAUAAUGCCAGGGUUCUGAUCCUGCAGCUGCCACCGUCUCAAUGGACCCCUGUGCCCAUUUAGCGGCAGUUGGGAACUGGGGCCCCUGUUAGCGUGGGGUGGGUCACGCUAAUAAGUGAUGUAAUGGUUAAUGAGGCAGAGUGGAGAAGUGUUUUAAGGUUCCAUUAAUGUUCAUGCAACACUCUGAAAUCUUUGGAUGAAAGAAGCUUGACGAGCAAAAUAGAAAAGAGUGUUUUAAUUAAUGCGCGUUAGGUGCUUCACAGGGCAUAGAAAAGACAGUCCCUGCUCUGAAUUGCUUCCAGUCUAAGCAUACACUGAUGACAGGGAUUUUAAAUAAAAAUGCAAUUAAAAAAAAUUGUUUAUUUCUCCUCUUCACCUCUAGUUUCUGAUCAUGGGCUAUUUCUCUGUUCCUGCAUGGCACUGGCUUUCCCUGCAUAACUACACUUCUUUUAAUGGGCUCUCUCCUGCUUCAUAGAUUUCUGACCAGAAGCUCUGUGUGUGUAUGUGAGAUGGCCCUGAGGUGUCGAUCUGCUUUGGAACCCUAUGCCAUGAUUACAUCUCACAAGACCUGGGAUCUGGGACCUAUUCCCUCAUUGAAAGACCUGUGGAAAAAGGACCUCCCUCUUGACAGGAGUGGACAAGAUUCACUCCUCAGUGACGGUGAAGAGGACUCGUCUGUCCAGACGUCUGUGGUGCCUGCAUUGAUCCAACAUAAAACACUCAGCGUGAACUGGUGCAGUGCUGCAAGUCCACAAGGCCUCUACCUGACUGUGCAGGCCUUGCAGGACAAGUUGUGCAAGGACAAGAGUCAGGUGAAGAACGAAGAGACGCAUCAUCAGCCACAGACUCAGUGUAGGACCCAGAAGCUGGGCAUAGAGAAGAGGCCGGGGUCUGCUCUCAACUGGGACGCUGGAGCACAGGGCCAGGAAGCCUGCAGCAUGAACUUUGAGAAAACAGGCGGAAGAUUCUUCGGUGGGAAAUGCUCCAGCUUGUCAGGAGCACGUCAGUUUCCUAUGAUCCAGAAGAUGGUGGAGUCUAUGGCCCAGCUGCAGGAGGAGAAGCUGCAGCUGCAGGAAGAGCUGCUGGCACUGCAGGAGAAACUUUCUGCACGGCAGAAUGAAGAACUUGCUGUGUCUGUCCAGCUGCAAGAUCAGACUAACACGGCUGCUACUCUGAAACAGUUCCAAACUGUGGUCCACAGAUCACUGAGGGGCUGCAGAGAGCUGGGUGGUCACAUGGUUGAAAAUCUGAAGGGGAAACUCCUGGAUCAAGCUCAGGAAGUGAACAGACUCCAUUCUGAGUUGGGUGGCACUGACUUGGAAAAGCACAGGGAUCUGCUCAUUGCAGAGAACGAGCACCUAAAGCAAGACAUGAAGUCAUGUGAGGCGGAGCUGCAGAAGCUGAAGAAGCAGCAUGUGAAAUGCAUUGACUGCGAACACAUCCAGGAGAAUGCGAGGCUGCAAGAAAGGUUGGCCCAGCUGCAGCUGGAGGUGGAGGAGGCGAAAGGGAGGCUGUCGGAGCUGGACUUGGAAGUGCAGCAGAAGACCAAUCGCCUGGCAGAGGUAGAGCUGCGCUUGAAGGACUCCCUUGCAGAGAAGGCUGAGGAGGAGGAGCGACUCAGCAGGAGGCUGCGGGACAGUCAGGAGACUAUAGCUAGCUUGAAAGCCCAACCCCAGCAGAUAAAGUAUAUCAUCAAAACGGUGGAAGUGGAGUCAUCCAAGACAAAGCAGGCUCUAUGUGAGACCCAGUCACGGAAUCAGCACUUGCAGGAGCAAGUGGGGAUGCAGAGACAGGUGCUAAAGGAGAUGGAACAGCAACUACAGAAGUCUCAGAAGACUGCAGCCCAGCUCAGAGCCCAGAUUAUGAUGUAUGAGUCUGAACUGGAGCAGACACAUGGACAGAUGCUGGAGGAGAUGCAGAACAUGGAAGAUGACAAGAACCGGGCCAUUGAAGAGGCAUUUGCACGAGCUCAAGUAGAAAUGAAAGCUGUGCAUGAGAACCUGGCAGGGGUCCGGACAAACCUUCUCACACUACAGCCAGCACUCCGAACCCUUACCAAUGAUUACAACAGCCUGAAACGGCAGGUCCGAGACUUCCCCCUGCUACUGCAGGAAGCUCUGCGGAAUGCCAAGACAGAGAUUGGACAAGCCAUUGAGGAAGUGAACAGCACAAAUCGAGAGCUACUCAGGAAAUACCGCCGGGAGCUGCAACUCCGGAAAAAAUGUCACAACGAACUGGUGCGGCUGAAAGGAAAUAUCCGUGUGUUUGGCCGAGUCCGGCCAAUAACUAAAGAGGAUGGGGAAGGGCCUGAAGCAGCCAACUCAGUGACCUUUGACCCUGACGACGACGCUAUCUUGCACCUGAUGCACAAGGGGAAGCAGGUGUCAUUUGAACUGGACAAGGUUUUCUCGCCGCAGGCAACACAGCAAGAUGUAUUCCAGGAAGUUCAGGCCCUGAUCACAUCCUGUAUUGAUGGCUACAAUGUCUGUAUAUUUGCCUAUGGACAGACAGGUGCAGGCAAGACAUAUACAAUGGAGGGAACUCCUGAAAACCCAGGAAUCAACCAGCGAGCUCUUCAGCUGCUCUUCUCCGAGGUGCAGAGGAAAGCGUCUGACUGGGGCUACACUAUCACUGUCAGUGUGGCGGAGAUUUACAACGAGGCGCUCAGGGACUUGCUUGGCAAGGAGCCUCAGGAGAAGCUGGACAUCAAACUGUGCCCGGAUGGCAGCGGGCAGCUGUAUGUACCAGGACUGACUGAGUUCCAGGUGCGAAGUGUGGAGGAUAUUAACAAGGUAUUUGAAUUUGGGCACUCAAACAGAGUGACUGAGUACACCAGCCUCAAUGAGCACAGCUCACGGUCUCACGCCCUCCUCAUCGUCACAGUAAGAGGACUCGACUACAGCACAGGACUUAGAACCACAGGGAAGCUGAACCUGGUGGACUUGGCUGGAUCUGAACGGGUAGGCAGGUCUGGUGCAGAGGGAAGCAGGCUCCGGGAGGCCCAGUACAUCAACAAGUCGCUGUCAGCACUAGGAGAUGUGAUUUAUGCUCUGCGCGCCCGCCAGGGCCACGUGCCAUUCCGCAACUCCAAAUUGACCUACCUACUCCAAGACUCCCUCAGCGGAGAUAGCAAAACCCUCAUGAUGGUGCAGGUCUCUCCAGUGGAGAAGAACACAAGUGAGACUCUCUGUUCCCUAAAGUUUGCUGAGAGGGUUCGCUCUGUGGAACUGGGCCCUGUAUCCCGGAGAGCAGAACUAGGGUCCUGGUCUAGUCAAGAGCACUUAGAGAAUGAUUCAGCAGGGGCAGCACAGCCCUCUAUUCGAACACAUUCUUCUCCUAGCUCCGGGACCCCUUUAAGACGAGCAGGCUCAUUCCGGAGGAAGCUCCAGACCUCAGGAAAGCUGAGGCCAGUCCCUGUGUGAUGGACACGCUCAGCUGGGAAACAGGAUCUGCUCCAGCCCCAGGGAGCUCAUGCUGUGAAGGAGAACCCCCGCGUUUCAAGAGAUCCGAAAACGGAAAGAGACUCUCCUCCUCCCCCACUGGAUUGACAAUGCACACUACUGUGCCCUGUCACACAUUCAGGAGCAAGCAGGACUCUGUGGGAUCCAAGAGCCAAAGGUGAACACAGGUCUCUCCAGGCUCCCGAGCAGAGGCAGAAGCUCUUGGAAGCAUGGACAACAGGUUGCUCCACUGCAGAUGUGAAACCAGGUUGUCAGGUGCCGGUUCUCCUUCCUCCAUCUCUGAACCAAGACUCCUGCAGAAAUGAAGUCCCACCUGGAGACUCGUGUCACCAGAUAGGGGCACCAAGCUUGGCAGUGCACACUACGGACUCCAUUGCUGGCAAUGGAUGCCCCUGGAGCUGGAUUCUGGUGGACCUAAGCCCAGGGGCUUUUACCUGCCUCCCUGUGGCACUUAUGCAUGUAUACUUUUAUUUGCCAUAUGGAGGUUUUUAGUGGAUCUGAAGGGAGAGUAGAGCUGCCGGGGCCUCUCCCAUCUCACGGCCCCUGGCUUUAUUUGUAAAUGAAUAAAGAGUAUCACCAAGCUGUUGGUUUAAAACCUA